CCUCGAUCAUUGAACCACAUGCAACCCGACCAUAUGUGUACCGUAACGUAUGUGUCCUCCCCCCACCCCACCACACACGCAGAUCACUGCGGUGAGUGAACAAAUAGUGAGUGCAUCAAUCAUGACAUGGACUUAGGCAGGCAGGGAGAGACAGAAAAGUAUGCAUGUCAUUCCUUCUGCCGGCAGCAGGCACCUCACCUCACCUCGGCCACAAAGACGAAGGGAACCCCGAAAACAACGAGGGGAUGGCAUUGCAAUGCAUGUGCAGUGCAUGCAUCGAUACGUGUGGACGCACGCACGCACAGCCAGCUGCCUGCCUGCCUGCCAGAUCGAAUUAGGAAACUGCCAGCUCUGACUGGCCGCUGGCUGAUGUGGUCUGGUCUCCCAACUCCAGCUGGCCAUCUCCAUCCACCCGUGACAAGACGAGUCAAUCAAUGGUGGAUCUGAUCUGCCUUAUUUAUUGACUGCCUGUGCUGGCUGCCUGUAUGGGUGUGCGUCCGUCGGCGGAUAGCUGCGACAUGGACUCCUCAAACAGGUCAGACGGCAAGUGGGCGCUCCCCCACUGUGCCAUGCUCACAUCGUCGUCUUCACCAGUCACCUGAAUCAAUCAGGGCACACACGACACGACCAUGGGAUCUCCAUACAUAAAGUGGGUGGAUGGAUGGUGAGUGUGAUAGUCGCUAGGUAGGUACCUGGCCAUCAUUGUCCGCCUUGGGUGGCAGCCACAUUCGCCCCGGCCUGUGCAGAUCGUCGGGUGGGUCGCUGCACGACCAGCUGGUGGAUUCGUCCCCAGCCGCUGUCCUCCCAUUGGGCGAUGGUGGUGCCACACCCACACCCACCCCGUCUGGCUGCAUGCCCUGGCCGCCCUCGAGCGGCCCCGUAUGCCUCUCCACCUUCUCUAUUGCCGUGUUGACGGGCUGCUGCGGCAGCGGGUACUUGAGCGCCUGGAAGAGGGGCGCGUCGGCGUUGCCGAGGGAGUAGACGCCCUGGGCGGCAUAGGGGUACUUGGCGCCCGCCUUCUUGGGGCACUCGAACGGACACACCUGCAAAUGCUUGACGAAAUCUGCAUGUAUGCAGGACACGCAAAGGAUGAACAGAUAGAUAUCAAAGGAGGGCGAGGACCGCAUUGAAUUCGAUGUGAUAUGUGUCCCUCCCUACCCGUGGCCAUUCCCGUCCACAGACAGAAGCCAUGCUUCCUGGUGGCGUCCUUGCCCUCCCCGCCCGACAAGAGCGCCUCCGCAGGGCUGCUGUUGGGACACCGCACCUUCAGACUCGCCAUCAGCUUGUGAACCAGACCUGCAGGCCCCUUGCUGUGCUCGUCGACGUCGGUCACAUCGUCGAGAGGCACCAGCAGCCUGCAGGCCGGACACAUGAUGCGGCUGAUGGUGAGGGGCUCCGACUUGUCGAUCUCGCUGUCGUGGUGGCUGACAGGUUGUGUGACGUCAGGCUGUGAGGCGACCCUGCGAGGGUGGCCGUGGGUCUCUGAGGGUGAGGAGUGGGCGGAUGGGGGCUGCAGCGAUGUGGGGGUGGCGGGGAAUGAGGGCGGGGAGGGCGUGGUGCUGCUCACACCACCGGGGAUCUGCGAGGGGUCUACAUGAGCCGCCAGGUCACCCACCCACUUCUCCCAGCAGUCGCCGCAAAACACGUCGCAACAUGGAAGCACCUGACCCAUCCAUCCAUCACACACAGCCCGUCAGACCUUCUGUAUGCACGUCUUUCCAGUGUGUCUGUCUGUCUGCGUGGUCCCUCCCCCGCCCACCUACCUACCCUACCCACCUUGGGUUUGUGUGCGACGUGUAUGCGACAGAGUUUGCAGAGGACCUCCGGUAGCUCUGAGAGGAGCAGCUCCCCGAGGAUCUUGUACGGCUGCUUCGUGGGCUCGCUGCACGUCAAACCAGCACCACUCCUGCUCAUGCUGUACGUCGCCUGCGUGUCACAACAAGGUGGGCGGGCGGGCAUACAGGCACACACCAAUGCAGGGCACCGUUGGUGUGUGUCACGUACAUCUGAUUUGGUGGACGGCAGUGCCUCUUGAAUGAGUGUGUCAGACUCCUUAAGGUCGCCCUCACGCAGCGAGUACUCCACCGGCGGCCGCUGGUGCACACCACCCCCACUCCCACCGCCAGGCUGACCGCCCCUGGCAAAGCCCUCAGCCGGCGUGGGGCGAGCUGCGAACAAGGGCUUCACCUGCAGCCAGGCCACCCAAACACCCGUCAAACAACGCCAACUAUGUAUCCAUCAAUCGAGGCCCUGUCGAGCUGUCCUCCCUCCCUCCGUCCCUUUGUGGCCUGGCCUUGCUUCUGCCCGUCGAUACGAUACCUGUGUGUGCCAGCUGGAUGCGUCUUGGUGCGACGUGCCGUUGCUCCUGUUCGCAGGGCCCAUCGCGUCGGCGUAAGGCGAGUAGGGCUGCCCCCGCUGCUGCUGCUGGUGCUGCAGCUGCUGCUGCAGCUGCUGCGAUCGAUGCUGGUGGUGCUGAUGGUGGUGUGGUCCCCGGGGGAUGUCAUAGAGCUGACCCCUCACACCAAUAUGGCAAGCAUUCGUGUUGUUGAUUUUGUUGCUGUGGUGAUGCUGGCUGCCCAUGACAACAGAGGCCGAUGAGGCUCCAGCAGGGGGUCCGCCAUCACUGUCUCGCCUGUCGCGCUUGACGACCACGAGUGAUUGCUCCUCUAGGGGCGUCAUGUGUCCCCCGCCCUUGAUGCUGUCGUCAUGAGGCGAGGGCGACACGGCCAGCACACUACCGCCGUCGCGAUUCCGGUCAAGGCUGGGGGCGGAGUCGGACGGGCCUGUGACGACGUCCACGGCCGCAGCGGCGUUGUUCUCGUGAGGUGCGGUGUUGCGAUGGUGAUCGGGGGCUGACUGCAUGGCAAGGGGGGUGAACAGGGGUAGCUCGGAGGCUGGUAUGGGGUGGUCUUCCGCCACUGCUGCCGUGGCGGGCGACUCUCGGGAGUACGAGUCCUUCCUCGCCCAGGUGGCCCGAACACGGCUGCCCCGGAUGCGAAUCAAACCUGACACACAUACAGACAGACAUACACACACGAGGAUAUGACAUGGGUGUGUGUGUCCAAGCCAAGGGCCGGUGGGCAGCAGCUCGGCAGGAUGCCUAAAGUACCUGCCUCCGCUGCUCGCAGUGCCGACUCCGCCAUCGGGUGCGUCCCGAACCUCACGAAAGCGUAGCCUAUCAACACACACACAUUACACAUAAGUCAAGUCCACGCUCGCGAGAGUGAAUGCAAUGCACUUGGCCUGCCCCCCCGCAUGAAGACGUGCGGACCCAGAUGAUCCAUACGUACGUACCAGCAGUGGCGGUCCACUCCUUGUUGGGGUGCCGGCUCUUCUUGUCGCACACCACCAUGGCCAACUCAACAGUGCCGUACCGUCUGAACCGACAGACACAUUGAAAGGAAGGACACGGACACCCCCCCCCACUGCACAGACAGACAUGUGGUGCAAGGCAAGGCCUCGCACACUCACUUGAAUGUGACGACGAGGUCCUGGCGUCUGCACAGCACAGAACAGCAACACACACAGUCAACAACUACUGCAGGCGUCGCAUCCCAAAUGGCUGGCUGAAGUCCUUACGUGGUGGUUGGCGGUACGUUGACAAUGACGGUGAGCAUCGCCCGACCGCCGCCCAUCGACAGCAGGUGGCCGCCGCUGCUCGGCGGAGCCGCACCAGGGGCAGCAGCGCCAUGGUGAUGCGUGUGAGAGGGAGGCAUCACACAGCUGCUGCACACACAUAGGCAGGGCGACAGAACAUCGUCUGUCUGCCUGUCACUGCUGUGGUCCUUGCCUGCCUUGCGAAACGCACCUCGGCCUGUGUGGAUAGUUGUGUGUGUGAUAGAGACCGGGCGACGGUGCCAUAUCGUGGUUGCGAUGGCGGUUCUGCUGCAUCACGUCAUGACUCGGUUGUGCGUCGCAUCUCCUUCCCUCCCUG